AGCUAUGUGGAAGUAAACUAUGGAACGUGUAACAUCCUCAGCCGGAAAAUUAUCUUUAUAAGCUAAUUGGAGAGACAGUGCAUAUAUCAACUUGAGUUCAAAAUGGUGAAGAUCUAUGGUCUUCCUUUCUCGACUUGUACAGCCAGAGUGUUGGCAUGCUGCCAUGAAAAGGAGGUUGAGUAUGAGCUCAUACCUGUUAAUCUCAUGGCAGGUGCCCACAAGCAAAAACCUCAUCUGGAUCUCAAUCCUUUUGGACAGGUACCUGCAUUUCAGGAUGAAGAACUAACGUUAUUUGAGUCAAGAGCAAUCACAAGAUAUCUGAGCAAGCAGCAGCAAGGAAAAGACACGGAGCUGUUAGGAGGCACUCUGGGAGAGCAGGCCAUGGUGGAUGUGUGGUGUGAAGUGGAGGCCCAGCAGUUCAAUGCACCCUGCACUGAAGUUGUGAUGCAGAUCGUCAUAAUUCCAAUGAAAGGAGGAAAGACAAAUGAGGAGAUAGUGAAGAUCAGCAUAGAGAAGCUGAGCAAAGUGUUGGAUGUGUAUGAAGAGAGGCUGGCUAAACACAACUACUUGGCAGGAGAUUUCUUCAGCCUGGCAGAUCUUCACCAUCUAUCUUCUAUUCACUACUUAGUGAACGUUGCAGGAAAGGGAGAACUCAUAACUAGCAGACCCCAUGUCAAUGCAUGGUGGGAAAAAAUCUCUGCCCGACCUGCCUGGCAGAAGGUGGUACAAAAAAUGAAGAGAUGACUGCUUUUGCCUCUUCAUUCUUUUCCUAGUGUUCAACCCUAAAAUUUGGCUGAAAUGAUAUUUUAUCAUUUCAAGGAAACGGGACACUUAUUGGUCCUAGCCAAAUAAAUUGUUCAUCAUUUCCUCUGAUAUAGUAUUUAUGUAUUUCAACUAGAUUUUAGUUUUUAAGUUUUUAUAUCUAUUUAAAUUAUGAGAUUA